CCGAUGGCGACUGUGAAGGUCAUCGGGUCGCCGACGUCGGCGGAGGUGGCCAGGGUGUUGACAUGCCUCUUCGAGAAGGACAUCGAGUUCCAACUCAUUCGUGUCGACAACUACAAGGGACAAAGGAGACUCCCUGAUUACCUCAAGUUGCAGCCCUUCGGUCAAGCUCUCGCUUUCGAAGACGGAAAACAGAUCCUCGUCGAUUCGCGUGAAAUCUGCCGUCACGUGGCGGAGAAGUACGCGCAGCAGGGGAACAAGGACCUCCUCGGCUCGGGCACGCUUCAGCGCGCCUCGAUCGAGCAGUGGCUGCUGACGGAGGCGCGGAACUUCGACCCGCCCGCCUCCGACCUCGUCUACAACCUUGCCUUCGCGCCGCUGCUGGCGCUGGAGCAGGACCGCGAGGCUGUGGAGCGCGGCAAGAAGAAGCUCAAUACCGUGCUCGACAUCUACGACCGCCGGCUCGACGAGACUCAAUACCUGGCCGGCGACAAGUUCACGCUCGCCGACCUCUCCCACCUCCCCAACGCCCAUCGCCUCGUCCAAUAUACCGACUUCAGCGCCAUGUUCGAAUCCAGGAAGCGCGUGGCUCGUUGGUGGGAGGCCAUAUCCAGCCGCGCCUCAUGGAAGAGGGUCGUCCAGAUGCAACAGGAGCCGCCGCACAUUAUUUAAGCCUAAACUAAUAUAAAUAAUGUUAAAAUAAUAUUAAAAAAAAUCUGUUAUCAGUAUGAUAAAUUUAAGAGUAAAUAAUCUAUUUUUAAAUAAAAAAUAGACUUUUAUAUAACACAUUAUAAAUGUUCCUUCUUUUUUCUUUUUUCUUUUUUCAUGAGCAAAAUCUACUAGACAGUUAAUCUAAUUAACUAAGCUGGAGUGUUUCUUCUUUAUGUGUCCGCGUGGGUCAUGGUGGUAAAUUUGUCUGUGUUUGCUUAAUUAUGGAAAG